UCAACACGUCGCUUCGACGCUCAUGCGACGGGCAUGGCCUGCGAUGAUACUCCGGCCGCGCGGCUUCGCGACGCUAGCCUUCGUCGAUGACAUUCUUGCGGUUGCCAAAGCCUUGCAUGCGCAGGAGGCCCGCCCCGCCCGCGACUCAACUUGCCAAGCGCGAUGAUCGCUCCGAGCUGCGCGCCUCCAGCGUGCCGCGACCAAACGCUUGACAUCGGGCGCCUGCGACGGCUACACGCUCGCGGUCAACUCCCCAACACCGUCGUCGAAGCGUUUGACGCGAUUGGUUUUGUCUGGGACCCCGCUGUCUUCAAGUGGUCCACUCGGUUUGCUGCGCUGGCGACGUUCAAAGACCUCCGACAGAACCUCUUGGUCCCGCGCAGCUUUGUCGUGCCGGUUGGCAACACCCAGUGGCCGCGCGAUACGUGGGGCAUCAAGCUGGGCGUACUCGUGCACAAUAUUCGAACAGGCCGAGUCAAGAUCGAUGAGCCCCAGUUGACGGCGUUGCGCGAGCUUGGGUUUGUCUGGGACCCAGCGCAGGAGCAUUGGGACAUCCAUGUCGCCGCCUUGCGCCACUACAAGGACGUUUACGGUGAUGUGUGUGUGCCCCAGCGCUUUACCGUACCACCCUCUUGGCCUGACGCGCGCCUGCACGGACUAUCACUUGGCCGGUUCGUCAACAGUUUGCGCCAGCAGCACGAUUUGUCUCAAGCGCGUCGAGACGAUCUGUCAACGCUUGGUUUUGUGUGGGACAUGCCCGAACUCCACUGGGAGAAGAAGCUUCUCGCGCUGCGUACGUACCGAGAUCUGUACAAGGACCUCCUUGUGCCCAAGAGCUACAUUGUCCCGAGCGAUGCAGUCUGGCCCAAGGCGCUCUGGGGCCUUCCGCUCGGCGUCGUCGUGCGCUCACUUCGCAACAGCGCGGUGAGCGAAGAGCGGCGCCAGGACUUGGAGAACCUCGGAUUUACAUGGGAUCCACUCGGCGACCAGUGGGACGUCAUUUUGCUGGCGCUCAAGACGUACGAUGCCAAUUUUGGACACCUUCGCGUUCCUACGACCUUUGUGGUACCGUCGACCGAGGCGUGGCCAGAGUCAACGUGGCGCCUGCACCUCGGCAGUGCCGUGACGCACAUCCGUCACCGCGCCGACGACAUGUCGACCGAGCAAAUGGACCUUUUGGGGCUCAUCCUCCUGUACGAUGAGGGGGACAAUGCCGACGAGGUUGCCGAGUAG